GAAGCUACAGCUUAAAGUCUGAACAGACCGGUCACGGUAGAAUGCGCCGUUGUUCGUAUAUUUACCUUUGACAAUUAAUCACUUUCUUUACCUUAUUUCUAUGAAAACCGUGCAGUCAUUUAAUAAAGGCCUGCAUUAUUACACACGUUAGUUUGAUGGAUUAUGUUGAACAAUCCUCUUUGAUACAUGAAUUGCACGUUUAAUGUUCCAUUAAUUAGUUGGAAUACGUUAAAGAUUUGUUAAUUAUUAAGAAAGUGCGGACCUCAUUUUACAAAAUUAUUUCAUGCGGAUAUCAACAUAUCAAUGAAUGUUUGAAAACAAUUAUCUUGUAGUUGAUUAUUGCUAGUUAUUGUUGUGAAGGAGGUUAUUAAUUGGAAAUUUUGUAUUAAAAAUGGAUAUUAAAUUAUUCAGCAUAAUAUUGGCAACUUUAACAAAGGUUGUAUUAAGCGCCACCUACUUUGAAUUACGUCUGAUCAAGUUUGAAAAUCCGUCGGGAAGAGAAUCAGACGGCGAUUGCUGUGAUUUUCCGUGUUCAGACCCAUGUGACCCUGAUAUUGUUGUAUGCUUCGACAAACCGGGAGCAAAAGAAUGCAGUAAACAUAAGAGAUUCACUGGCCAUUAUCACGCAAAUUCUUUCCAUUUUGGUCCUAAUUUUGAGAAUGGUGAAAUGAAUCCUAUGACUGUACUUUUCGAAGACAAAUGGCAGAAUACUUUGUAUAUCACGGUUAAAGUUGAAGAUCGGGAUAGCAUCAAUGCCAAUGACCCCAUGGGUCGUGUAAGAUUAUUAUUUACAAGAGCACCAGCGCCCAGCAAGAAAGAAGCCCUGUGGAAUAAUCUAGAUUUUGUUUUUGACUAUCAAACAAUAACGGGUCAAGCACGUGUGUAUUGCGAGCAGAACUACUACGGUGAAGAUUGUAUGACACAUUGUGUUCCAAAAAAUGUCGUCGGUGAAGGUCAUUACACGUGCGCGAAGAAUGGUUCUAAGGUAUGCAUGGAGAAUUACCAUGGUCCGGACUGUAAAGUACACUGUAUUCCCGCCGACGACGACACCGGUCACUAUUACUGUGAUGAAAAUGGUGAAGCCGUCUGCUUGGAAGGUUGGAGAGGGGACAACUGUACUGAGGAUAUUGACGAAUGUAACAAUGGAACAAACAAUCCUUGUUGGCCAAACGGCGAGUGUGUGAAUACAGAUGGUUCUUAUACAUGUAACUGCUCAAAACCGUACACAGGACCCAACUGCCAGGAACAAAUCAUAUACUGUAAUGAUGCUUUAUGUAGCAACCACAGUGUAUGCAACAAUACAGCCGAGGGCUUCCAAUGUCUUUGCGACCCCGGGUGGACGGGGACAUUGUGUGAUCGACGCGUCACACCUUGUACCUCAGAUCCGUGUCAAAAUGGCGGGAAAUGUGUUCUUACCCUGAACAGGAGAAACUAUCUGUGUAGAUGUGAGGGGUUGUGGAUGGGGAGGAACUGUACAGAGCCCGUUGUUCAAAUGUUAAAUGAUACUAAAGUGAUUUUCCUGUCUGGGAACUUACCGGAAGAUCAAUGGGAUGACCUCACACUUGGUAUACGCCAUCUUCUGAAAGAUCUUCUACAAAUAUCAGAUGUCGCCAUAGAAACUACAAUAACAUAUCCAAACGAGAAGCAGACAAGAGUUGAGGUGUUCGUAGAAUCCCAGGAUCCACAAGUUCGGCACUCACUAGAUAAAAUAUUAGUACUUCCAGCGGAAGAAGUUAAAACCAGUUUCAUAUUGCCACUGUCAGAAAAACAAGAAUUAAUUCGAGAGCAUAAAUUAAAACCAGACCCCUGGGUAAAGAAGCACUGGUACGUUGUUUUGACAGUGGUGUUGUCUAUACUUAUCAUUCUCACAAUCGUUGUUGUCGUCAUGUAUUUUGCCAAGAAACGAAAAAGAUCUUCCAGUAGAAAGAUGGCGUCUCUAAAUGGACCUAGGUCAGCUUCCGGUCGAGAAUCUCUCCCCGAUGCUGCAAUUGGCUUCGAUAAUUCACUCUACUUUGAAUCUAACCAACCAGAAAAGGUUCGAGGUCUUCCAGAAAUACCAAAGCAAAUGCCGCAUGAAAAUGGGCGAAAAUUUUAGAUAGUCGAUUUUAGUUUUUGAUUUUUUGUUUAUAUAUCUUCGACAGAAUGUGUCUAUAAAGAAAUGUGAGUUCUCACAUCAUUCUAUAGAAGUCUUUUGGGUUUUAUUUGUUGUUUUUUAGUUUGUUUUUUUUUUUGCUGUACAAUUUCCCAAUUUUAACUUACAUCUUUAAAAAAAAUAUUUCAAAUUAUAACGAAAUAUUUUAAUUCUUAUUUAAAACCACGUUUUGGAGAAAUAAUUUUAAAGGAAGAAUGUCUUAAUUUCUCAAGUAAUUAUUGGGGUUAAAAAGUGGAGAUUUUAAAAUAAAAAUAAUCAUGAUGGUCCACCUGCCGAGUCUUAUCUCGUCUUAUCUCGUCACAAAUAUUGUGUGGUCGAGAUCAGAGAUUUUCUAAAAGUUAGCAAAAGCUGUGAUUGUAGCUAAUGUUAGGACAGACUAGAAGAUAUGGACUGGUGUGAUAUUUAUAGAGUACCACACAUGCAGAGUGUUGGAUAAAAUAGUCCUGGUAGAGGUGUGUUCAUUUAAUAUGAUGAAAAAAAUGUGCAGAAUGUGUUUAUACUUGAAUCGUUGAUAUUUUGUCCAUGGUUAUGAUAUUUGGAUCUUUAUAUAUUAUAUUCAAAUCUUUAAUGAUAUAUAAGUAAUUGUUAAAUACAAAUAAGCAAGACUUCAUUUUUUUAA